AUGCAAUAUCAUGUUCGACGUGAGGUAGAUAAAGAAGUUCAGAGCCAUUAUCUUAGCCAUAAAAUUCAAAAUGAAUUGAUAAUUUUGUUGGCCAAUGAGAUCAAAGCAAAAAUUCUUGACAACAUUUCAAAAACAAAGUAUUUUUUAGUUAUUCUUGAUUGUACACCGGAUUUAAGCCAUGAGGAUCAAAUAUCAAUUAUCAUUAGAUGUGUGGAUAUUGAAGAUACAAAUCAAGUCAAGGUGGAAGAGUUUUUUCUUGGAUUUAUAAAGGUUGAUGAUACGUCGGGACUUGGGCUUUUCAAUCAACUUGAAGAUACUUUGAAUGAACUUAAUCUCAACAUAGAUGAUAUAAGAGGUCAUGGUUAUGACAAUGGGUCAAAUAUGAAAGAAGCUAAAGGCUUGUGUAAAAAUACUUUGGAGGAUUUUGAGUUCUUGAUUAGCUUGUGUAUUUGGUAUAAGAUUUUAGAUAAAGUCAAUCGAGUUAGCAAAGUUCUUCAACAAGAAGAGAUGAAUUUGGCGGAUGUAAUUGCAAGAAUAAACGAGCUUAUUGUUUUCUUUCAAAAGUUUAGAGAAGAGGGUUUUGAAAACAUGAUGAAAGAAGCCAAUGAACUUGCUAAUGAUAUUGCUAUCGAUCCGGCAUUUCCGAUAAAAAGAGUGGUUCGUAGAAAGAAGCAUUUUGAUGAGGAUGUGGAAGCGAAUGUUGAAUGUAGUCAAUCACCGGAGGAUAAUUUUAGAGUUUCCUAUUUCCUUCACAUUAUUGAUCAAGCUCUUACAUCACUCAAAGAUCCUUUUGAACAAUUCAAGCUCUGUGAAGAAAUCUUUGGAUUUUUGUUUAAUACAAAGUUCAUGAGUAUUGGUGAACAAAAAUUGAUGGAACAUUGCACUAAAUUAUAA